AUGGUUCACUUUGUAUAUCAUGUGAGGGUUGCACGCAGUGUCGAGGUGACGCACUCACGACGGGGGUCAUAUCUCAUUGAUCACACCUAUGAUAAACUUCCUCCUGUGGUUUUGACCUCAAUUGAGCGUCUGGUAUCUCCGGAGCCUCCCCGUUCCAUACUCUCUUCAGCUCGUGGUGACACGGUAGCUGGCCGGAACCUCUGGCGACAGUUUAGUUACAAUCCUCAGAUUGCCCACUCCAAUGGCCCGAUGGAUGAAUUUCACUUCUCGCCCCCUCUCUUCCGGCGUUUUUCCCCGCCCAUUAAACAUGUGGCUUCAGCGGAGCCCGUCGAGGACAUGCCCCUGGACCUCACCGACAGUGGUUGCGGCCAC